CCACGCAGUGCAAGUGACGAUGCCUGACCACAAGAAAGCCGUCAUGCUGUUCCAGUCAACCUUGUUGCGGUGCCAUUACGCCACCACCUCGUCUCAGCCUGUCCUCGUCCAGUGGAAAUACAAAUCCUUCUGCCAGGAUCGUACAGAGGAGGCUUUAGGCAUCAGGAAAGCUCCCAGCAAGGCCAACAUGGGGGGCAACCAGUAUCUGGACUGUGCUGACGGCAGCAGGACGGUGCGACCCGUGGCUUCUAAACUGGGAGACAGCGUGACCCUGGGAGACUUCUACAAGGGACGGGCCGUCACCAUCGUUAAUGAUGCGGAUCUCCAGUUUGGCACUGUGCAGUGGGGAGACAGCGGCCUCUAUUACUGUCUUGUUGCUGUCUCCGACGAUCUGGAAGGCAAAAAUGAGGAUCGUGUCGAGGUCCUUGUAAUGGUGAAUUAG